UUCAAUUGUACAAGAGAAAACAAAACCCAUAAUCAAAUCUGUCAUAUUUACAUAUGUCGGAUUUCGUAACAGAACCCCGACAGGUGAUCAGAAAGUUUCUGGCCAGGCAACAGCAUGAAGGUGCUGGAGCCAUUGUUAGAAGAAGCAUUGGACGGUCUGAGCUGAAAUACUUUGAUCCUUUCCUCCUCCUAGAUGAAUUUUCAGUUUCUGCACCGGCUGGUUUUCCUGAUCAUCCACAUAGAGGGUUUGAAACUGUCACUUACAUGCUACAUGGUGCUAUGAUGCAUGAAGAUUUUGAAGGACAUAAGGGUAUAAUAGAAGCAGGGGAUAUCCAAUGGAUGACUGCUGGAAGAGGAAUUGUUCAUUCAGAAAAGCCUGCUUAUCCACAUGGAACCCACAAGGGUUUGCAGUUAUGGAUCAAUCUCUCCUCCAAAUACAAAAUGACCGAGCCAGAUUAUCAAGAAGUAUCUAGCAACGAAAUAGCUGAAGUAACAAACGAAGGUAUCAAAGUCAAAAUCAUAGCAGGAGAGUCAAUGGGAAUGAGAUCACACAUCCACACAAGAACACCUUCUAUGUAUUUGGAUUUCACCCUCAAGCCAGGGUCCCACCAUAAACAACCUAUCCCAACUAAUUGGAACGCGUUUGUAUAUAUCUUAGAAGGGGAGGGAAUAUUUGGCAUGUCGAGAUCAUCACCAUCAACAGCUCAUCAUCUUUUAGUCCUGGAUAGAGAUGGUGAUGGCUUGGAGGUAUGGAACAGAUCUUCUAGGGUUCUAAGGUUUAUUCUUGUUGGAGGUGAACCAUUGGAAGAGCCUGUGGUUCAAUAUGGUCCUUUUGUGAUGAACAACCAGGAAGAGAUUGAUCAGACCAUUGAAGAUUUUGAGAAAUGUGUUAAUGGGUUUGAGAAUGCUAGGUUUUGGAAUUCUGAUACAUGAAUGAUUCACAGAAAACUAAUGUAAUUGGGGGGGUGGGGUGUUUUAAAAUUGUAUAAUUGAAAGAAUAUACAAUCUUUCAAUAGAUAUCAAGAAUUGACAUGUAAUUCAAUUGAAUCUAAUUUGAUAUGCAUUUUCAAAUAA